CCUUGCUGUCAAUUGACUUAUUUUUAAUGCUUUGCCAUACUUUACAAGACUCAACUGGAUUAACACACGAGAAUGGUUUUAAUUACUGUCAGGUUAAUUGUGCUGAUUGUCAUAUAAAUAUGGACCGACAAGAUCUAGGCGGGGAGAAAGCCAGUAGAAGUUUUUACACGUCUGCCUUCGGAGCCCACUCGAGUCGAUCUUCGUCUUAUUUGCUGUCGGAUACGCCGAGCUCUGUAAGCCCCGAGCCUCUCUCUUACGUAUCUUUUCCCAACGCAGCGUCUUGUACAAGCUCGCAAGUUACUUUUGGGUGCCACUUCGCUAAUAGUUUCUACAGUUCCAAAGCUCCUACAAGUGCAGUGUUUCAGCAACGAGUCAUGAACCACCACAGUCUUAGUGGGAAAGUAUAUGGACACAUGGCUGAUAAUCAAGGUGUGGUGGAUUUCGGCAGAGGCGCAAUACACUGCAAUGAAGGUCCGACCCGGGUUCGGGACGUUGGUGUGUAUCAGGGUUAUGCAGGACCAUAUAGGAUCCCUGGAUAUAUUGAUGUCCCUGUAGUUCAGUGCGCCAGAACCAGAGACCACAAACAUGAAAGCCCUUUUGUAAUGGAGGACUACGAGCCUUGGAACUGGUCGACCAGUUGGAGCAACCAAAUUUAUUGUCCGAAAGAGCAAACGUCCAGCCCGCAUAUCUGGAAAUCGUCACUAACAGAAGACGCAGCGCCUGACACCGGGUCUUUUCUUCGUCGUGGGAGGAAGAAACGGGUUCCAUACACCAAAUUGCAGCUGAAGGAACUCGAGCACGAAUACACCAUUACUAAGUUUAUUACCAAAGAGAGGCGACGACGGGUAGCUUCCUCCACUAACCUGUCAGAAAGACAAGUCACUAUAUGGUUUCAGAAUCGCCGUGUCAAGGACAAGAAAAUAAUUUCAAAAAUAUGUAAAGACUAUGAAUCGUUUUAACGAAUUACAUCAUAAACCUAUUAUUCAACGCCGUUCAUUGUCUAAAACUCCUUAUUUAUAAAACUGCCCUUAUUUGUUGUAAGUUUUAUACUUUGUAUUCAUUUAACUGCUUUAAAUACUUUAUUGAGUUUUUUAUUAUUCUAAAACACACACGUUGUAUUUCAGGCACAUUAUUUUAAGGGUUUGGGCUACUGGGAACGCAUUAUGUUAUACACUAUAUAGUAGUCCUGAUAAUAGUUAUUGUUCUAUAAUAAGGCCAGUCCGGUUACGUUAUAUGCACUUUGGUUUUGUUUAUAAAAAUGCUGACAAUUAUUUGUUUCAAUGUUUUCCUAAUAAUCGUCUUUGCAUCAAUCGUGAAUAAUUGUGAUUGUAUUUGGGAUAUAAACAAGAAGAAACGCAUUUGAAGAUCGUAAAGAAAUCCCUUAAGGCAUAUUAUACGGAAAUAUAAUGUUAUUUAUUCAAGAAAUAAACGUAUAUUUCAAUAGCAUAUAAUAUACGCCCUAUAUACAACAGUGUAUUCAAAUGAAGUGUUUUGUAUCUGUCUUUGUAUUGUAUAAACAAAAAUCAAUAAUUUACAUAUCAGCAUAUUAUUUGGAAAUUCACUGUGCAAUACACAGCGUUCUAAGGUAAUUGUUUAACAUACUUUCAGGUUUCAUUGAUCCGGGCACACAAGGUCUAAGUAACGGAGGGCUUGACUACGACUAAUGAGUUGUAGCAAGUGUGUUCUGAGUAGGGAACAAAAAUUAAGCCACCAAAGGUGGAGGAAUUUUUUUUAAAUUUUCUCUUAACCUUACACAUGCAUGUAAUCUAUCGUAGUUUUAAAUUUGCUGCUGUCUUAGGAAAGACAAAAGAACUGCUUCGAAGGAUUUUUUUUUAAACAUUUUCCACGCAAAUAACGAGUCUUGUGUUUACCUUUGACCUUGACACGCAUUCUCAGCGGCGACCUUGACUGAAAUGUCUGAGUGCAAUAACCACCUAUAACUCCUCAAUUUGUGGAUGUUUGUUUCCAUCUACUGGCUAUGUAAUGUAACUACAGCUUAGCGGUGGUUCAACAAAAAUGCCUUUUAAAAGAUUAAUUAAAUAAAUUGGCCAACGGGUGAUGUAUUAAUGAAAUAAGAGGCACUGCUUACUUUAAAAAAAUGUCAAUGACUGUAUUUGCAUAAAAAUUAAAUUUAAUAACGGCCUUGGUAAACUUUUUAAAUUUAUAUUACAAAUUAUUGCCUAAAAUUUCACGUCUUCACUAAUAAA